UUUAACUAUUGUUUUGAAUUUAAAGAAGACGAUUCCGGAGGAGACGAGUUACUAAGUUUGUGAAGUUGUUAAACUGCAAUUAGGCGGUAAAAUUUGUAAACAAAAACAGUGAAUUUUUUGGUUUAUCUCUACAUCAAUCUUUGAAAUUCACGCGAAUGAAUGUCUCAACAACAUAGAAAGUUACGAUGCGCUGUGUGAUGGUAAGAGAAUCUGUAAAAGUGUUCGCAAGAGCCAUACAUUGCUUGGCUAAGAUCGGAUUUGAAGUUUAUCUAGAACCCCACAAAACAGGUUUAUCUUUGAGAACGGUGAACUCAGCUAGAUCUGCUUACUCGUGUUUCAUAUUCCACAAAGACUUCUUUCUCUCUUUUGACGAUGGCAUAACGGAAAGUUCAUCCGAAGAUGGCGUUAAAUGCAAGCUGUCGGCAAAAUCUUGCCUGGCUGUUUUUAAAUCUCCCAGUGUCAUAGCAAGAGUCGUAGAUCGUUGUACGAUUAAGUUAAACGACCCUGAAGAACAACUGACCUUCAUACUUCUCUGCAAACAUGGCAUUGUCAAGACCUACAACCUUUCAUACCAGGAGUGCGAGAGUUUGCAAGCCAUUUUCACGAAAGAUCUUUCGCCAAACUUAAUCAAUGUGCAACCGCGUAUUUUAAACGAUGUUGUCGUCAACUUUCAGAAUAACCAAGAAGAGAUCUCCUUUACAGUCACUCCACAGAAAAUGGUUGUUUCAAACUACAUUGAUGAAAAUCAGGACAAAGCCAAGGUGAUUAGCACACAAAUGAUCUUGGUGAGCGAGGAAUUUGAGAAGUUUCAAAUAGGAGUUGAUACAGAGGUGACGUUUUGUUUGAAAGAACUCAAGGCACUCAUUUUGUUUGCCGAAACUCUUGACCAAAAUGUCAGCAUUCAUUUCGAAUCGUCUGGAAAGCCAAUUGUAUUUAGUUUGAACGGGGAUUUGACAUUUGAAGCAAACUUUGUGUUUGCAACAUUGAUGGAUGUUACUAAUUCACAGCUUGAGCAGAUGCAUGGAGAAAGGUCUACCACAAAUGAUGAGCAGGGCAUGAGACAAAGGCAGUCAAAUUCGAAUGACGAUUUUGCGAUGGAUGGAGAAGAAGAUUGGGUAAAUGAAGCAAUUGCUGUCGAACAGCAAAUGUCCCAAAUGUCAAGGAAUACUGAAAAUUACACCAAGCAGAAACCCACAACAUCUAAUGAUUUUGCCGAUGAUUUUAUGAAAGAGAAAUCCUCACUCUUCUCUCGUAUGGACCCUGAAAAGUCACCAGGUAUUGAAGUGAGAUCAGGAAAACAGAAAGAAAAGUUUAAAACAAAACAACAGAGGAGUAAAAAUGAGACAGUUGUCAGUGAUAAUGAAGAUGACCUAGCAGAGAACAUUCAUGGAACACCACCGAACAAGAAGUUUAAGUCCAUAUUUUUCAGUGCAUUACACAACAAUAGUAUGAACAAUACACAAUUGAGUCAGACUGUAGUGCUUGCCGAGGACUCAGAUCCUGAUUCUGACUGAGAAAAAGUAAAUUAUUUUAUAUCUUUAAAAAGAAAAUUGAUUUCAAAUCAAAUGUGAUAUGAAUUACACUUUGAACACAACUGAAA